AAAUGAGACAUGGUCUCCAGUCGAUGACCUCCCUCGAUACAAACUGGCCACUGACUGGAAUGCUCCGGCACAGCCAACCUCAUUUGGCAAUGCGCUGCGAAGUGACAACUGUGUUGUGACGCCGUGCAGCCCUUCCCGUUCCCUCCCCUGAAGAAGACUCGGUGGAAUCCAGGGACGACUGGUGAUGGCUGGUCAUGCACCCUUGCCACUGCGAUGGAGAUGAACAGACACGCUAGGGGCGCGUGACGAUGGGCGAACGGGCGGACGCCGUGGCCAGCCGCCCCUUGAAGACUCUGUCCGUCUCCGCGGUUGAAAAACUCCCUUCCCUAGGGGAUUCCCUCUUUUCCUCAUACCCGUGGCCUUUCUUCCGCUUCCACCAGUCCAUGUGCCCUCUCCAGACACAUUUUCAAAGAGAGAGUGGUCGACGACGGCCAGCACAAGCAACAAAGACGCCCUCGCAAAUCACCACCACGAUGCCAUCACUCGUCGUAACGUGGGCGAUGACGGCCUUGCUUCUUGUAUCGCUCUCUACAGCCAACCCGACUAUAUCGUUCCCGCUCAACUCCCAAGUUCCUCCCGUUGCCAGGAUCGGGCAGCUCUUCUCCUUCGUCUUCUCCCCGUCUACCUUCACGUCAAGCUCCGCGAUUGCCUAUAGCCUCUCCAAUCCUCCCAGAUGGCUUUCUCUCGACAGCGAUGCUCGAAGGUUGUUUGGAACUCCAGAGGAAGAAGACGUUGCGCCGGGACGCGUGGUGGCCGUGCCCCUGAAUCUCGUCGCCACUGACGACUCUGGGUCGACGACCCUCUCUGCAACCCUCGUAGUCUCGCGGAGUCCCGGCCCGAUGGUUGAGAUACCGUUCGACAAGCAAGCCCCCGAUUUUGGCACCUUCUCCGCUCCCUCAGCUAUCCUCUCUCCGCCGGGGAAGGCCUUCUCCUUCCGUCUAGACCCAAACACGUUCUCGAAGCCCUCUGAUGCCCCGGUCUCGUAUUACGCCACCAUGGCCGACAACACACCACUCCCGGCCUGGAUAUCCUUUGACCCUACCAGCCUCUCCUUCAUGGGUCAGACACCGCCGUCGGAAUCGCUGGUUCAGCCACCUGAACGCUUCUCCUUCCAAGUCAUUGCCAGCGAUGUCGUCGGGUUUGCGGGCUCUUCGCUGAGUUUUGACAUCGUUGUGGGAAACCACCAGCUCACUGCCAACAAGACCACCAUUGUCUUGAACGCAACCCCUGGGAUCCCUGUUUCAUACACCGGACUGAGGAGCGCCGUCAGCGUGGACGGCAAACCGGCCACAGCCCAGGUCGCGCUGGUUGCCACUACGCCGAACAUUCCCGCAUGGCUUUCGCUGGAUAAUGACACCUGGCGCAUCACUGGCGUCCCUCCCGGGACUGCCGAGUCGACUAACUUCACCGUCACGAUCUGCGAUACGUUCUCGGACGAGCUGAACCUGACUGUUUCAGUCAAUGUGACACGCGACAACGCUGGCCUCUUCCGGGGGACUCCUCCCAACUUUACCGUUAGCCCUGGAGCACACUUUUCAUUCGACCUCAGGCCCUAUCUCUUGAGCCCGCUAGACACAGAGAUUUCGAUUAAGACUGACCCUUCCUAUUCCUGGAUCCGAUUCAACUCCAGUACGGCCACGUUGUUCGGGGACGUUCCGGCGGGACUCACGGACUCGGCUGUCGAUGUUACAGUCAAGGCGGCAUCAAGGGAUUCCAAGAGAUCAGCUUCUUUCUCUUUUGACUUCCUCAUUCGGGCAGUACCUGGCAGUAGGGGCUCGACGCUCACAACGACUGGGCCGGCUGCAACAAAGUCACCGGGCGGGCGACCCUCACUCGCCGGAGACAGCCUCGGAGAUGGGCGUUUCAACCCCCUACUGCUGGCUGUUCUCUUGCCAGUCUUCCUUCUCCUGGCCCUGGCCAUAUGCGCCCUGUUCUGGUACUUCCGCCAACGGCGAGCGAGGCAAAAACCCCCGCUCAGCACUCGCGACAUCUCCGGCCCACUUCCGGGAUCCUUUGUGACAAGAACGGCAAGUCCGAGCGUCUCGCAUUCUCUUCCUGACCUCACCAAACGUUUUGGCAAGAGCUUCUCAGCCGACGACGUUUUUGGCUCUGAGAAGAAGUAUUAUCUCGAGUCCCGAAGCGCUUUCCUAACCAGACCAGACCUGGCUCGGCAUACAGGUGAGGUCCGGAUUUUGGCACCAAACAGCAGCCCUGCCGCCGACCCCGGCGCCGUGCCCGAGGCCACCACAACGCCCAUCGCGAGCAGUAUGGCCUCGGGAGCACUGCUGCCGGAGACUCGGCGCAAAGUCAGCAGCUCUCUCAGUUCCAUCACGGAAGCCAGCCUCGGAGAGCUGGUUGAUUCGCGCGGCCUCGAGUCGGUUGGCAACGCUAGCAGGCAGUCAUUCAGGGAUAAAAUCGAAAUCAAUGUGCCGAGACUACCGCAGACACCUGGGUCGACGCACACAUGCGCGCCCUCUCCCGCAGAGCCGGUGUCAACCCCGUGGAUCGGUUCACCCCUGACAGCUUCCGACACCGACGCGGUGCCGCUGAGGGCGGAAUCAAGACUCUCGUACUAUCCGCCGGCAGCAGCAAUGCGGAAGGUUUCCUGGCCAUGGUUCAAGGCUUUUAGAGGAAAGCAUCAAGGCUCAAAACUCAUUCCGAGACUGAAGAGGUUGAGUGAGCAGCCUAGUGUGUUGACUACUGACAGCCCCGUUUCCGAGCCUACCGUACUACAAGACAAUGGACAUGGCAGAUCCAUCCCUGAUUCGCCGCCUUUGCCACUCACAGAAGUUCCCACUUCAGCUUCCCUCAGCGGGCCGCCUACUAGGAGCAGGAGCGGCUCUGCCGCGAGUCGUUAUCCCGAGAAACUCGAUCAAGUGCAGCCCGAGACGAGCGGUACGACAGCAGAUUCAGCAACCCAAGGUCCCAGCGUGCUCAGCGUCGGAGAGCAUGCCGCACCCAGCUUCCUGGAUCAAGGUGACACGCCCGCAGACUCGCUGAGCAUCUAUGACGACAUAGUCAACCGCAACCCGUUCUGCCCAUCCAGAACGUGGUCGACGGUCCCCAUGACGGAUGAGACGGUGGAUGAGACGGUCGGAAGCCCAGCACUGAGCAGGUCGGCAUCCCAACAGCAGCGGAAUUGGACGGUUCUGCAGGAGUCGCCCGUCAUCACGGGUCGCGAUGACCCGGCGCCGACGUCCGGGAUGCUGCCAGAGAUGGUCUCGUCGGUUCGGUUGCCUCAGGCCAAGGAAGGGGAAGAGGUUCAGGAGGCGGGAAAGGAAGGAGCUAAAGAGAAAGAUGCGGAAGGGGAAGGGGGACAAGACUCUCUGGCGAGCCGAUCUCUCGUGCCGUCAAGCUCAAGGCCCCAGACAGCAACGAGCCAGAACAAGGGGGUUCGAGACCCAGGGUGGUCGGGUCCGCCGAAGAGCCAGUCCAAAGGGGUCUCUUUGCACUCAGAGGGAAGCAAAUCGGACUAUGCCGUGUUCAUAUAGUGAAGGGCAGCUCCGCAUUGUCAGUAUAAGUAC